UGAGGAAUAAAGUGUGAACACAACAAUUAUAUGCUUGUGCUUUGAUGUUUACGUGCCAUCAACAGUGUUAGAAAUGUAAUUGAUUUGUGUUCAUAAUGAAAAAAAAGUUAUAUUAAACACGUGUUUGUUAAUUUUUCUUCUUUUUUUCAUGAAUUUUUUACUUUUACGUUUCCUUAUAUUUGGAAGAGUGAAAAAUGUUAUUGAAUCGUAUAUUUGGACUUAGUUUUCCACAAUGAAUAGAGUCUAUAAUAAUUUCUCUUAAACUUUCAUUUGAUCAUAAUACAUAUACAAUAUAAUUUGACAUUUUUAAAUACCUUAACUACUCCAAUUACUAUAUAGAGACUAUAACAUCUCAGUUUCACGAUUUUUCUACAAACUUUGAUCCUAUGAACCAAUCAUAGAACUAAUCUUUAAGCCCUUCAACUUUGAUUCUGCUAAUCAAUUUUAGAACCAAUAUUUAAUCUGAAGCUUGGACAUGCCUAAUGAUUUUAGUUGCCCUGUUUUCUUUCCCAUGUUAUUUUGAAAUAAUGUGCAAUUUAAUGCUCCUGAAGCUUCUGGUUAAGUUGAAGAGUGACUUGGUUUUGUGAAAUGGAAUUAUUAUGGAAUCAUGAUUUGAGAAAUGUGUAGUGUAAUUAGGUUUCCCCACAAUUGAUGAGAAUGAUCUCUUUAUUUUACUUCUAUUUUUCCAUCAAAGCAUUGGCUUUUAGCAUAAGACUUGUAGGCUGUUACAUGCCCCUGGUUGUUAUAAAAUAAAAUACUUGUUCAUUUUCCUUGCUUGCCUUUAAGCAUGUGUGCUGAUUGACUUUAAGCCAUGCACUGGGAAGUGUUUGUUCACUAAAAUAAUAAAAAUUUUAAUGAUGAAAUUUAAAAAAACAGUGUACUAUCAAUGAUAGCAAGUUUUUAUUUUAGCCUUAAAAAAAUGGUGUUAUUCAGUUGCAGAACUUAACUCAUAGUCCAGUUUUUUCUCUCAAAUAAAGCAAGAUAGUGAAUGGGUGGGAGGGGGAUUUGAUGCCCCCUUUGAACCAAGCUCACAGGAUUGUUGUCUGUGGAUAUCUUCAUAUGAUUAUUGUCACUUUUUUCAUAGGAUUUCACCAUUGUGCUUUGUCAGUAAUUCUUGUCUCAAGGGUGAGGUUUUUAACAACUAUUUGAAUGUUUUUCGUUUUAGCCUCUGCUAACUUUCCUUUACCGCUGCUAACUUUCUGUGAUCGUCUUUUGUCCUCUAAUGCAGUUCUUCAUGAUGUCUUGUCAGAGGUUUAUUUUCAAAAAUGGUUCUAUCUUUAUCUGUUUUUUCCACUUACUCACUUUCAUUUGAAGGUUUGUUUGAUGCAUUUUUUAACCCCUGUUUAUUAAUCUUUUCAUCCGUACAGACUCUCAUCACUUCUCUCCUGUUAGAUUCUUUACAUUCUCUCUUUUGCACUAAACUCCAUCACUGUCUUUGUCUCUCCAUUUUUAAAACUAAGAUUUUUUCAUUUUCAUUUUCAGUUUUUCUUUUUCACUGUCCCUGGUAUAUUGAAACAACAUUUGGCUUCACUUGGUUGUUACAGGUUGGACAUGUUUGCUUUUAAAUAAAUGGACAUUUUUGUGUCUUUGAUUGUAGAAAAGUAUAGAUUGCAAGUGGGGAUAAUUUGGUACUUGGGUCUGUUAUUGGUAUAAACUAAAUGAUACGUUUCUUCCUAGUGUUAUAGUUUCUUAGGUUGAAUUCAUGUCUUUAAUCAGAAUUUUGUUCUUGCUUGCAAAUUGCAUGUAUGCACUUGUGGAAUUUCGUAAUUGUUCGAGAGCUGGUUUGAAGCAUCUCUAAAAUUUUGAAAAACUGUGUUUUUUUAUGUCUGCUUUGGUACUAUACAAUGUAAUGUCAUUUGAUCCAUUUAGCUGAACUUACUGAUUGGAAAAGGCUUGGUUGUUGAGGAUUGUGAUUUUUGUCUAAGACACUUUGAAUUUACGGAUCUCGAAAGCAAGACAGAUCUCUAAGAUUGAGUUGUAGAGGAACUUAGAACUAAGAGAGCAGACAAACAGAGGAAAUGCUUAAUUGGUUGAGCAACCGUUGUUUAUGCACCCUUGUGCCACGCCCAUGGCUUUUUGUGGGGUUGGGCAAUCCUGGUAACAAGUACGCAGGAACUCGCCACAAUGUGGGCUUUGAGAUGAUUGAUGCAUUUGCUGAGUCGCAGGGGAUUCCUAUGAACACUGCCCAUUCCAAAGCCAUUUUCGGAAAAGGUUUUGUUGGUGAAGUUCCUGUCUUCCUUGCAAAGCCUCAGACUUACAUGAAUCUGAGUGGUGAAUCAGCCAAAUAUUCUCUUGAGUAGGAUGAGUGCAGUUUGACCUUGACUUGAGCUGGGUGAGUGUUGUACGAGGUCCACUGUUGGAGUUUGAAACAAAGAUCCAAUUUGAACCCAUGGGAGGUUUCUACUUGAGACAUUGGGUGGUCUUUGAUGGGAAAUCCUAAACAACCAGCUCCCCAUCUCCAUUGUCCUGCGCAACAAUGUCUACCUUUGCUGAUUUUGUUUGUUGGUUCAAAGUAUGAUGAUGGGUUGAUUACCUCUUCCUCGAAGAAAAAAACCUACUUCUCUAGGUUCAAGGAUUCUGAUGAUCUCCCUAUCUUGAUCUCAUUCAACACUUGAGUGCAUUGUACCUUUUCAAGUUCUUAAUGUAAUAACAGAUAGGGUGUUCCUCAUUUGAAUCUCCCCCUGUUUGGGCUGACUACACCAUUCUUGUUCAAGAAUGAACCUCUGUAUUAUGCAAUAUUUUGAUCACUCCCUUGCAUAAUUUCUUGA